ACGAAACGGAGCAAGUGUGUUCCAGUGGUCGAACUAAGAUUUAAAGUCGGGCCUCUUAACGGCAAUGCCCGCGCUCGUACCGCGAAUGUUGGAAUCCGAGGUUCCAGUUCUGCCGUGAUCCAAUCUUUGCCCUCCUUUCCUUGGAUACCUGUGCAACUGCUGCAUCCAGUUCGUUUUCUGGAUCCUGGACCUGCCUGGCUCAUUCUGGAGGCUUCCAGAUGGAGGAGAUGGCUUCCGACCGAGCAUCCCCGCUGCUGGGACUGGAUGGGGACCUGAUAGCUGGUGCCUUCUCCACCAUCCCCUUCACCCUGCCAACUCCGGGGGCACUGGAGCAACCAGCGCAGGAGCCACCUGCACAGCCCCCGGUGCCCCUGGCGUUCUCUCCAGGAGACUCUCUGGUGCUCUCUGCGUUCCCCAGCCCACUGCUUGUGACAGGGGAUGGGGGCCCUGGCCCCGGUGGGGUGGGGGCCUGCAAGGUCAUUGUCAAGGUCAAGACAGAAGCCGGGCCAGCUGAGCCCUUUCAGACUCAGAACUUGGUUGUCACUCAGCCGGCCUUCAGUUGGGUCACCUCAGGUGCUGCCUGCGGGGGCUCCGAGGCUUCUGCUCCUCAGUACGUGAGCGCCUCGACUGUGAACGCCAUUCUGCCCACUUCCACGGUUUCUGUCAGCCAGGAGGGCCCCUCCAACCGUCUUCCUCCGACUCUACUACCAUCUACCCCACUGGCCGCCAUCGUGUCCACAGAAAAGCUUUGGCCAGGGCCACAGGGGGCUGCCGGACAGCCCUCAGUGGGUGAACUUGCCCAUGUUUCCAAAGGUGUUUAUGAGAACUUCCGGCGCUGGCAGUGCUACAAGGCCUUGGCCUGGAGACACCUGUCCCAAAGCCCUGAUGCGGAAGCUUUUUCCUGCUUUCUCAUCCCAGUGCUUCGUUCCCUGGCACGACUGAAGCCCACUAUGACCCUGGAGGAGGGACUGCCGAGGGCCGUGCAGGAGUGGGACUGCACCAGCAACUACGACCGGAUGGCUUUCUAUGAGAUGGCAGAAAAGUUUAUGGAGUUUGAGGUGGAGGAGCUGCAGAUGCAGAAUGCACAGCUGAUGAGUAACUCCCAGGGCCUAUCUCCUUCAGCCCCUUUAAAACUUGAUUCCUCAGGGCCCGUAGCCCCAGAGGUUUCCCAGCAACCAGUGUACAUUAUGAAGAAGGCGGUCCCCAAGACACGGGCGCCCCGCCAGAGGCAGCGCAAAGCCCAGAGGCCUCCAGUUCCGCAGGCCCCCAAGGAGAUCCCACCGGAAGCUGUGGAGGAGUAUAUUAACAUCAUGGAAGGGCUGGUGGGCACUCACGUGGCUACUAGGGAGUCAGAUGAAGAGGAAGAGAGGCAGUGGGCGGAUGAAGAGAUGUAUCCAGAUCCGAAUCUCCUGAGCUACAUGGAGGACCUGUGUUCUCAAGAAGGCUUUGUCUCUAAGGUGGAGGCUGUCAUCCACCCUCAAUUUCUGGCAGAUUUGCUGUCUCCAGAACGAGAGAGGGAUCCUUUGGCCUUAACCGAAGAGCUGGAACAAGAAGAAGGACUCACUUUUGCCCAGCUGAUCCAGAAGCGACUCAUAGCCUUGGAAGAGGAGGAUGCGGAGGGGCCUCCAGGUUGCAGCGGAGUUCAGUUGGACUCAAGUCCUUCUGUUUCCGAUGAGGAUGAAGAUGGGUGUGGGUGGCCUCAGCCCUCACCUGGGCCUCAGGGGGCUGCAGGAACUGUUGGGCUUGAAAAGGCUGGUUCUUUGGGAAAGCAGGCAAGGGAGACCUAUGGCAGGCAAGGGGAAGCCCUCGAUAGCCCAAAGGGCAUGUGCGGGGAUGGGAAUGUUCUCUCAUCCUCCAGCAGCUGGGAACUGCAGGAAGAGCUUGUGGCUCCACAGGGAGCUCAGGGACCCCUAUGUAUGGAGAUGAUGGGGUCUGGGGAGGUUAUAAGUGAGCUAUCUCAGCAUCAGGAUAGCCUCCUGGAACAUGCUAAGUCCCCUGGGCACUGCCUGAUGGCUGACAGCACUCCAGCAGCUUUGCCCCUUUGCUGGCAGGAAGGCCCCCAGCUCAAGACAGCUCCCAGUUUGGAUGUUGGACUUGCAGAGUCAGCUUCUCUGCAAGGUCAGGGGUUACAAAAGCCUGACCUGGGGUGGCAGGCAGGACCAGAGGCAGAGGAACUUGGAGUGCUUUCUCAAGGGAUGGAGCCUUUUGUAACGCCCCAGAAAGGCUCUGCAGGAGCCAUGUGGGGAGCUGAGAGAAGUCUUCCCAUGGCUCAGAGUUAUGAUCAGAACCCUUCCCCUGGCACAGCUGGGGACAGGGACAUGGACAGGGCCUGGAUCAGCCCAGAACUGUGGCUGAGCAGUGACACAGAUGCUGUAGGUUUGGCGUUGCCCUUAGAAAUUGAACAGGUCAUAAAGAGCUUCCAAGAUGGAAAGUUUCUAACUGAGCACCAGGCACUGGGCUCCAUAAACACCCUUUCUCUGGGUCCUGGAGGCACCACAGUGCCUGGGGACCUGGGGAGCAGUGUGAUUCCCUGCGGAAACACAGAUGUCCCAGCUGCUCUAGCAAAGACAAACUACUGCAGCUUGGAAGGACCUCUGAGGGCCAACAGCCCAGCCUUGGUGUAUAAAGGAAAUAGAGAACAAAGCCCUGAGAUCAUACAGGAUCCCAGUAAUCUGUGGGCUGAAAGUUGCUCCUUACUGCUGGAAAGCAGUGUUGGUGCCUCUGUAUUAGCUUCGGAGUCUUCCAAAGAAACCCUGCUGCCCAUGUGCCAAGGCAGCCUCCUUGUUCUGGGGGCCCAGGAUGACUCGUUCCCUGAGGCCAGCCAAGAUGCAGGGAGCAGAGGCAAUCCUUUUUCUUUUCCAUUAGAAACCACAGAACAAUUCAACAUACUAGAUGUUGGAGAUGAAUACAGCCUCCAACUAGGGGUCAGUGAGGAUACUUGCCCACCAAUGCUUAAUUCUUAUGACCCUCAAGCGGGCAAGAAAGACACUGGUUUGUCUAAACCUAACCACCUUGUUCCUUUACAAAGAAAUCAGGAGUCUUACACAUUUGGGGCCCUCAAAUCAACAGCUGCUCACCAGGGCUUUGGAAGCACUUCCCCUACAUGGGGAACCAAGGAUACUGUAGUUCUAAAAGAAUCCUCUCGUAGGAGUAAAACACACAACUCUGCACAGGGGGCCAAAAGGCGGCAGAAAGCCAAAGAGGAAGGGGAGGAUGAGCAACUCUCCAACUUCACUUACCUCUUGGCCUCAAAACUUAGCUUAUCUCCCAAAGGACUUCCUCUUGGUUCUCACUGUGCCUUGGGAGGUGGGGGCAUCCGGAGAGCACCCCACAUCUCUGCUGAUGCAAAAGGCCUUGGCCAACCUCCACACCCUGCCACCAAGUCUGGGAAGCAAGCUCUAGCUAGAGGUUCUGCCCCUAAAAGUACUGUUGAAAAGACAUCCCAGGGAGGUCAUCUUGGAGCCUCUGGGGAAAAACCUGUGGUCCAGGGAGUGCUGCCGUCCUCGCAGCCUCACAAAAGGAGGCGUGACACUUCUGCAGCAGGCAGGAGGAAGAAACAUCGCCGUAGCCAGUAGGAAGCAGAGGGACCAUCCUUUGCCACCCGUCCCCAAAAGGGGGUGUCCUAGCAUAGCUGUGACUGCGGCUGCUCACUGGUGGAGAAUCAGGCUUAGGCCAAUACUAUGGUUUUAUGCAAUGGAUGGGAAGGCAGACUGGCUAGGUUGCAGGGCCCUUAGUGGGAAGUAAGGAAGGACCUUUGCAAAGAGUUGUAUGCAAAAAAACAAAAUAAAAGUUUUUUUUUGGUU